UCUUAUAGUCGUUGCUCUGUUUCACGCAGACUCUGACGACCUCCUUUCCCGACAAUUGCUGGCGCGCAGGCGACGGCGCCGGCGCAACGCCUCCGCGCUCGUCAUUCGCACGGGCGUCAUGUCCGCUUGGAACAGCGCCGCCAAGACGCUGGUGCACGUCAUCGCCGUCAAACCAACGCCGAAUUUCUACAAGGAUCUGCAGACUACAUUCCAACGGAAAUCAGCCAUGGCAUAUGUAACCCUGCUGCGCUCCCACCAACCGGCGGUGUACGCGCUGUGCCUGCUGCUGAGCGUGUUCGCGCUGGCGGCCGUCGUGUCGGGCGUCGUGUUCGUCGUGCUGCGCAUGUACAACCGCUGCGGUGCACGCCGUCACGUGGACGUCAACGACGAGUACCGGCAACGCUACGGCACGCUCGUCAAGAUGCAGCUCGUCUGCAUCGGAGGCCUCGGGACAUGGCUGCUGGCCUUGUACCUGUGCAAUGGUGGCAUCCGGGCAGGCCUCACGGACAUGGACGCAGCGGACCGAAGUAUGCAGGUGGACACGUACGCGUUCUUCAAACAUAUGCAACAGGCGAGCACUAUUUUUGUUUUCACAAGAUAA